GGGAACAGAAACAUCCACAGUUCCUCCCCCCGCCCCCACCGAUGUUGCUCCUCCAGCGGUUUGUUUUUUUGACCCCCAAGUGAAUGGAGUUAUGGCGACAAUGAAUGUCGGUGAGGACUGCAGCGCCGGCGCAGGGACCGAGCGGCGCAGGGACCGAGCGGCCCCGGGACCGGGCGGCGCAGGGACCGAGCGGCGGCCCCGGGACCGGGCGGCGCAGGGACCGAGCGGCGGCCCCGGGACCGGGCGGCGCAGGGACCGAGCGGCGGCCCCGGGACCGGGCGGCGCAGGGACCGAGCGGCGGCCCCGGGACCGGGCGGCGCAGGGACCGAGCGGCCCCGGGACCGGGCGGCGCAGGGACCGAGCGGCGGCCCCGGGACCGAGCGGCGGCGCAGUGACGGGAACCUCCGCCGGGGGUCGCCCCCUGCAACCCUCCUCACGUGACCCGUGUCCGCUCCGGCUUGGUGACGUCAUCGAGGUCGGUGUUGGGGCCUCGAGCAUGCGCGCUGCGCCCCGCGGCGGAAGGCUCCCGGAAGCCGGCGGCAGGCUUUAGAAGUGGAGGAUUUACAUGUGGGAAUGUCAAACCCAACACCACAUCAGAUCUGCAGUAUUAUUCAGUUCAUCGGUACUUGAAUGUCGUUGUCCUUUGAACAUGGAAAUGGAGAAGCUUCUCUGUUUGAUUUCUG